AUGGCACGACAGGGCGAUAAUCAAGCUGCUGCCCGCUCUGCUACAGCACUGAGCAGUGGUAAUGAAUUCGCCUCGGAAGAGUCUGGCACUGGUGGGGUACUUGAGCGCCGGGGGCUUGAACAAGACGUUACACCACCAGUUGCAUCGCGAGCUCAGUAUUUCGCCAAGGGCGGACGCCUGCGUCCCUUCAGGCUCCUGAAGAUCGAUUUUCGGAACCUUAGGAGUAGAUACGUAUCAGACUGGACGAUAUUCAACCAGCAGAUUGUCGCCAGUGCCAUAUAUAUCUUCUUCACCAACAUCCUGCCUGGCAUUACUUUUGCCAGUGAUCUAUACGUCCUCACUGGCAAGUCAUGGGGAACAAUCGAGGUUGUUUUCAGCACUGGGCUGUGCGGCCUUGCUUUCGCCUUACUUAGUGCACAGCCACUGUGCAUCCUAGGCGUUACCGGGCCGUUUUCUGUUCUCGCAGAGAACAUAUACAAGCUGUGCAAUGAGCACUUCCGCGUUGAUUUUCUGUCUGUCAUGGCUUGGUCGCUUAUCCAUGCUGGCUGGAUGCACUUCCUCUUGGCCAUAUUCAAUGCCCACGACUGGACCAUGCAAUAUGUAACGCAUUUCAGCGCCGACAUAUUCUCACUUCUGAACAGUGUCAUCUACUUUCAUAAAGCAGCUCUCGAGCUGAAGCGCACACAUUCCCAGGUAUCUCUGGCAGCCUUCCUGUAUGCGGUGAUCGGCGCGUUCGGUACCUGCAUUUUAGCCGUCCUCCUCUCAACGGCAAACUCAUGGCGGCCCUUAUUCCACCGCUACGUCCGACUAGGUCUGUCCGAAUACGCUGCAGCAAUCUCAAUCAUCAUAUGGAUAGGCAUUCCGCGCAUCGGGGAGCUUGCUUCUCUGGAUCACGAGCGCCUGGAAAUACAGACAAGCUUCCGGCCAACCAAUCCACAUCGCAAAACGUUCUUCGUCGAGUUUUGGAAACUUCCUGUAGGGUGGAUUUUUCUCUCCAUCAUCCCAGGAGCCAUUAUAACAGUGCUUUUCUAUUUUGACCACGAAAUCAGCAGCAUCAUAUGUACUGUCCAGCGUUACGGUACUCGAAAGCCCGGUGGCUUUGCAUGGGAUAUUGCUCUGCUGGGUAUCACAACGAUACUCUGUGGAAUUCUCGGAAUUCCGCCUGCCAAUGGGCUUCUACCACAGGCGCCAUUGCAUUCGGAAUCAUUGAUGCACGACGUUGAGGUCGAAGAUAUCAAUACGCAUCAAGGAGACAACCCGCCAAAUAAAGUCUCCAGAACAUAUGAGCAGCGGUUUUCUCCCUUUUUACAGGCAGCUUCCAUCAUGUUGUUUGUUUCUCCACCGUUUCAGAAAGUCCUGGGAUUGACCCCAACAUCUGUGCUCGCCGGCCUUUUCAUGUUCAUGGGCUACCAGAGCCUCGCCGUCAACCCAAUACUUCAAAGGAUUGGCUAUCUGCUAACGCCGCCGGCCGAAUUAGCACCUCUCGCUACCCACGUGAGUUGGUUGGGAGUGCAUUCGUAUACGGUCAUGCAGAUCGUUCUCACUGGCAUUAUCUUUGGUGUGACCUUGACAGUGGCCGCUCCAGCGUUUCCGUUGAUAAUCAUUGCACUGGUCCCAUUACGACUCACACUCAUGAAUAAGAUAUGGUCUAGAGAAACUCUGCGCGCGGUUGAUGGCUGGGCUUGUCGUCCCGGGAAACCGGAGGACUCGGGUGACGGCCAAGUGGUGUCAAUUGAUGAGAAAUCCGGACCCUAA